AUGUUAUUCAAACGUAAAAAUGUCAUAAUCGAUGAACAAGUUCACUACCAUCAUCAAACACAUUCUAUUUACAGAAAUCCUCAUUCAAUCCGAUCUCGUUGGUCCAUUAUGAAAUCACAAGAUUUCCUUGAAAACAGAUGUGUUAUUUCUAUUCUGACAGUCUUACGUGUUUUGACAAUAAUUCCAUACAAAUGUAUAGUGACAGUAUUACGAACAAUUGUUGAAUUAGGUAAUUUUUCUUCUUUAACUCAUUCAACUGGAAAAGAACAUUAUAGUUGUGAAUAUGGUUCAAUUAAAUAUUACAUUUAUUGUGGUAUUGCUGGAAUGUUAAGUUGUGGUAUAACACAUACAGCACUUGUUCCAAUUGACCUUAUCAAAUGUCGUUUACAAGUAAAACCACAAAAAUAUGUGAAUCUCAUUAAUGGUUUUAAAUUAACUAUUGCAGAAGAAGGUUUCUUUGGUUUAACCAAAGGUUGGGCGCCAACAUUAAUUGGUUAUUCUUUACAAGGUCUUGGAAAAUUUGGUUUUUAUGAAGUAUUUAAAAAUUUUUAUGGUGGAAUGCUUGGCGAAGAAAAUGCUUAUAUUUAUCGAACAACACUUUAUUUAUUAUCAAGUGCUUCAGCAGAACUUUUUGCUGAUAUUGCUUUAGCACCAUGGGAAGCAACAAAAGUACGAAUACAAACACAAGAUAAUUGGGCAUCAUCUUUAAGACAAGGUUUACCUAAACUUUAUGCUGAAGAAAGACUAUGGGGAUUUUAUAAAGGUAUUGUACCAUUAUGGCUUCGUCAAAUCCCAUAUACAAUGAUGAAAUUUGCAUGUUUCGAACGUACUAUUGAAGCACUUUAUAAAUAUGUUAUACCUAAAUCACGUGAACAGUGUACAAAAAGUGAACAAUUAGGUGUAACAUUUAUUGCUGGUUAUAUAGCUGGAAUAUUUUGUGCUAUUGUUAGUCAUCCAGCUGAUACAAUUGUAUCAAAAUUAAAUAAUGAAAAAGGUCUUAGUUUAUUUGAUGCUGUACGACGUGUUGGAUUUGCUGGUUUAUGGAAAGGUCUUGGUCCACGUAUUUUUAUGAUAGGUACAUUAACAGCUUUACAAUGGUUUAUUUAUGAUACAGUUAAAGUCAUUUUUGCAUUACCACGACCACCACCACCACAACCGCCACUGUCAUUGCAGAAAAAAUAUGGUUUAACUGGUGAUAAAGAACCUUUAAUAUGUGAUUUAAGUGUGAAAACUUGA